AUGUCAAGUGUGCAAACUGAAAACACCUUGCUAGAGAUCAAUGGCGAGCGCUUUCUUGUCGAUAGAGGUGCCACAGGGGCAGAUAUUUAUCGUCGUCUCUGGCUUGUGGCAUCGCGGGCAUCUCUUGCAAUGCCGUUCGAACUUACACUGCGUCGACAUAACCUCGCUCAGGUAUCAGCCAAAAUCGUGCCAUUCGCGCGGCGAAAAGAUGUCCAGGACGCUCAAGUUGCGCAAUUGGCAAAACUUGCAGCUGAGGAGGUUGCACUACCGAUUGCUAUUCGUCGCAAAAAGCUUUUUCUCAUUCAACAAUUAGAUUUCGAGCGUGAACACUAUUUGGAGUCGUUUCUAAGCGAACCACUUCAAGAGCUACACACAAGGAUCAUGGACAGUUGCCAGUGGCAAAUCUAUGAAUUUGGCAAAACGCUUUGGUACUUUCACGCCCCGACGGUGCGUUUAUGUGCUCAACACCCUUUGCGAAACCACCCCGAGGCUCGGCAACUUAUCGAUCGAGUGCAACUGCAAGUGCAACAAGCCCGAUUGAUGGUCAUAAUUCAGGCCGAAAUGCGUCGACAUGAAGAAGUGAAGCGAAAGGAGCGCGAGCUGCAACACGCAGUGCUUCGAAUCCAGCAUCGAAUACGAGCAUAUCAGCGUCGUAAAAGGGUUUUGGCCAUAAUAGAAGCGGAGAAGAUACGGCAAAAAGAAAUUCGUCGACAGCAACAGCUGGCAGAAGAACGGCAACGCGAAAUACAACGAAUUGAAGAGAAACGGCAAUUUGAGGCCAUGCAAUUUGAGCAACAGCGAUUGCAACAGGAACUGGUUGAACUGAAACAGGAGCUGCGACAGCUAAAGUUGCUCAAAGAGACAAAGUCACAAGUGAGUGUCGAAGUCAAUGCCAUCGAGACGAUGAGGAGAGAAGAGCAACGAGUACUGCAGCAACGACUGGAAAAACUUGAAUUGGAUUUUCAGAGCCGGAGAGAGAAACCCGCGGUGGAAAGGGAGACGCAAACCAGCAACGAACAAGAUGCCAUCGAGUGUCUAAGGGUUGCGGAACAGCAGCGUGCUCAGCGGACUAUCGAGGAAUUGGAGCUGAAGUUGCGGCAUCAAAACGCAAAAACCGUAACAGAAUCAGUUACACAAACGAGUGGCCGCAACAGUGGCAACUAUCGAGAUAAAGGCGUUGAUACUGGAGAAGAUCUGGAGUGGCAGCGUUACUUGACAUUAUUACGAGUGACCAUCAAGAAUAAGAAGAAAGCGUCUUCCCCUAAGAACCGGCAUACACAGACGGAGGCCUCUUUCUCUGCUUCUCGCAAAUUGAACGGCAAAUGGACGGGAUUUCCAUCAUGCAACUAUAGCGGACAUAGCAACAAUAACAGCAGCGCCAGCAGUCUUCUCACACUAAAGAGUAGUCCGAGUCAGUUUAAUGCUUUGGACGUUUUGACGCUGCCAACGCGAACAUUCGAGUCGUUCUUCGCUCCAGAGUUAAUUUCGCAUGAGCAACCUCCGCCGCCACUGGUUGAGCAUUCGUGGAAACAGGACUCGACAUUUUUACCACUAAAAACAAACCGAACGCUGUUGGAAGCAGCCACUGGCCACGAGCCAUUGACAGUGCAAUUGCAGUACCGAGAACCCAUUCGGUCGAAUCGUAAGACCGGGUAUUAUGCUCCUUUCACGCACGAUUCUCCAGUCUCCGACUCCUCAGCUUGUAGUGCAACGAAACUUCCCUACAUAACGCGAAGGCAAAAUAAAUUUGCCUCAUAA